UAUUUAUUCAAUAAUUAAAUAAUAUAAAAAACGUCUUUAUAGCUUAUGUUUUUCAAAUCCAUUUUCAUUUUUCAUUUUCUUUCGCAUUCUCAUUUUCUCUCUCUCUAGAGAAGAAUCGUAGUGAAGUGAAGAUUUCAGUAGAAACCCUAAUUUUUAAAUGGGUCAGAUCCAGUAUUCCGAGAAAUACUUCGACGAUACCUAUGAGUACAGGCACGUUGUUCUUCCUCCGGAAGUGGCCAAACUCCUUCCCAAGAAUCGUCUUCUUUCUGAGAACGAAUGGCGUGCUAUUGGGGUGCAGCAGAGUCGUGGGUGGGUUCACUAUGCCAUUCAUCGCCCCGAGCCACACAUCAUGCUCUUCAGGAGGACUCUGAACUAUCAACAGCAACAGGAGAACCAAGCAUAAGAUCUAAGUAAUCAGAUAUCAAUCAAUAUUUGAGUAUCUGGAAGUGAAAUUAAAUACUUGAUACUUGGUACUUUGUUAUGGAUUGUUAUGAGUAGUGGUAGUACAUUGGAUGUUAUGAUGUUUACUUGUACUGUCUAUGCUUCUUAGUUCUCUCAUUUGGAGAAUUUAAUGACAAGCUUUUUACCUACCAGAAGUAGUAAGGAUUCAUGUGUCUUUUUCAUCUGUUGAAAAAUCUUGUGUUUACCUCUGGUGUACGUACUACUUAGAUUUUGUGGAUUCUAAGGUCCAUUUGUGUACUAUUUAUGUUGUGUUUCGUUUUGAUUUGAUGGGUUUUUUCACAUA